CUUUUUGCUUUAAAGACAAUCCAACCAAGCUCAGCUUUAAUUUAAAAAACCAAAACCCAACAUGUUCAAAUACGCCGUCGUCCUCUGCGCCCUGAUUGCCUGUGCGGCUGGUAAGCCAGGACUGAUCCAUGCUCCCUUGGCAGCCCUUCCCGCUCCUGUGAUCGCGGCUCCUGCUCCCGUUGUCACUGCCGCCAGUAGCCAGGUGGUGGCCAGGACCUUCAAUGGCAUUGCCGCUGCUCCACUGAUCGCCCAAGUCCCAGUGGCACCUGCUCCAGUUUUGAGGACUCCAGCUCCUGUUGCAUUCGCUGCCCCGUUGGCUGCUCCGCUUCCCGCUCCCCUGGCUGCACCAAUCCUCAAUAGAGUGGGUCCAUUGGCUGCUCCCGUUGCCACUCCGUUUGCUGCCCCAUACACCCAUCCUUAUGCUGCGACUGUUUUGGCCAAGUACACGGCUCCAUUGGCUUACGCUCCAGCACCUUUCAACUAUGCCGCGCCCGCUUUGUGGUAAAGGAAAAAAACACAUUCCCAGGGAUUAAGCAACCGUUUGUGUGUUCAAUGACUGAUAGCCCUUAAUAAAAUUCGUUAAAAUCGG